GUACUAGCCUGAAAUCAGCACAGUUUUUGGAUCAACGUUAGUUAAUUAAUAAUCUUACACAUUAUUUAAACUCAAAUCCUUAGUCAGUGCUGCAUAUAUAUCCAAGUUUUCAGAGCAGUAAAAAUGAUAACACACUACUGAGCUCAAGAUCCCGUAACUCCCUAUUAUUCCCUUGAGGAAUAUUUAGCUAAUAAUUAUCCUUUAUGUAAAUAGUGCAGUGCCUAACUGAAGACUUUCAUUCAUUCCAACGUUCAAAACCAGAGCUGAACAUUCCUGUCAAAAAGCUAUCCAGGUCAGCGAGUCUUCCUUAUGUCUCAGUGCUUACACAUGAGCAUCCAUGCUUGGAAGUCUCUUCUUUCUUUCCACUGCAAACCAGAAGACACGAUUUGCCACUUGGCAUAAUCUUUUUGACAUUUUCCACCUUCCUGCUCCUACUUUUAUUUUUAGACUGUUUAAGAAAACUCUGCUUUAUAGGUUCUACUAGCAAUUUUUUUCUCCUGUGCAUUGAGGACACCUGCAGUGACAAAUCACUAUAUCACACAUGAGCUCUACAUCAAUGACUACUAGAUGCACUAUUAGAAAGUCCAUAGCGUACCUCACUAAUGUAUGUUUAUUUCAUAUCAUUAAGUGCUGUCUUUGACCACAGAGACCUCUAUAAUGGUGUAUUUGGAAGAGCCGCUGGAAAUACUUGUUGUACAAAGAAAUUAUUAAUUUAACUCAGAUUUUUUUGUAGUAUAACAAAUCGGAUUCAAUCGAAUGCAUUCUUAAAUGUCUGCAAGAAAGCAUCAAUCUACAGAUUUAUUUCUUAUGCGUCACUGGAGCCCUGUGGUGGUGUUCCUGUUGGGAUGGUGCUUCCUUAAAAGCACAAUCAGGUGACAGACUUUUAGCAUUAAGCAUCUGUGCUAGGAAAGCUUCAUGACUUGCAACCUAACACACAUUUCCUUCAUACUGCAGGAACACAUACAUGAAGUAAACACUGGGACAAUGGAAAGACCACUUGAGGCCACCAGGAUGGAAAACACCACUUCUGCCUGUGUUCUCAUGGAAAGAAAGACUCAUGUCAAGAUUAACAGGAAACAAGUCAUGCUAGCUAAACUGAGGAAGAGCUGCUCCUGCACUCCACAGAAACUGAAGAACUUUCUCAUGGACUUCCUUCCUGUUUUACAAUGGCUUCCCAAAUACAAGUGCAAAGAGUACAUUUGGGGGGACGUUAUGUCUGGCUUAGUGAUUGGCAUCAUUUUGGUGCCCCAAGCAAUUGCAUACUCACUGCUGGCAGGUCUGAAGCCCAUUUAUAGUCUGUACACAUCAUUCUUUGCCAACAUCAUCUAUUUCUUAAUGGGCACAUCCCGUCAUGUCUCAGUUGGCAUUUUCAGCUUGAUAAGCUUAAUGGUAGGACAAGUUGUGGACCGAGAACUUCUCUUGGCUGGGUUUGACUUGAAUGAUGAUGCCUCACCAUCCUUGGGGGACGGCUCUCUACAGAAUGACACUCAGUCCAACACAACUGCCUUCAACCUCACAAUUGCAGGGAUGAAUGCUGAAUGUGGGAAAGAAUGCUAUGCUAUUGGCAUCGCUACAGCCUUGACAUUUGUAGCUGGAGUGUAUCAGGUUCUAAUGGGAAUCUUUCGUCUGGGUUUCAUAUCUAUGUACCUAUCUGAGGCUGUUCUAGAUGGCUUUGCAACUGGUGCUUCCUUAACCAUUUUAACAGCUCAAGUGAAGUAUCUCAUUGGAAUAAAAAUCCCACGUAGCCAAGGGUAUGGGAUGCUUGUUAUUACCUGGAUUAAUGUUUUCCGGAACAUUUCUCAGGCUAAUAUUUGUGAUGUUAUCACAAGUGCUAUUUGUAUCCUGGUGCUGGUUACUGCUAAGGAACUGGGAGAUCGGUAUAAGCAUAAGCUGAAAUUUCCUCUCCCCACAGAGCUAGUAGUUAUUGUUGUGGCAACACUGGUGUCACACUAUGGGAAGUUAAAUGAAGUGUAUGCGUCCAGUGUUUCUGGAGCUAUUCCUACUGGAUUUAUUCCUCCCAAGGUACCACCUUUCAACUUAAUGCUCAGAGUCGCUGUAGAUGCUUUGCCUCUUGCCAUAGUCAGCUUCGUCUUCACUGUAUCCCUUUCUGAAAUGUGUGCAAAGAAAUAUGCUUACUCUAUCAAAGCCAAUCAGGAAAUGUUUGCCGUGGGGUUCUGCAACAUCAUUCCUUCUUUCUUCCACUCUUUUGCAACCAGUGCAGCUCUGGCAAAAACACUGGUCAAAACAUCUACAGGCUGCCAGACUCAAGUCUCUGGAGUAAUUAGUGCAAUGGUGGUUUUGCUGGUGCUGCUUUUCUUGGCACCUCUCUUCUACUCCUUGCAGAAGUGUGUCCUGGCUUGUAUCAUCAUUGUCAGCCUCCGAGGAGCCCUGAGGAAGUUCCGAGAUGUGCCAUCCCGGUACCAUAUGAAUAAGGUGGACACAUUUGUUUGGAUUGUUACCAUGUCUGCCUCUGCCUUGAUUAGCACAGAAAUAGGGCUGUUGGUUGGCAUUGUUUUCUCCCUGUUAUGCAUCAUUGUCCGGACACAGAGGCCACGGACAGCCCUGCUUGGUCAGAUCCAAGACACCAACUUUUAUGAGGAUGAUUUAGAAUAUGAAAAUCUCUGUUCUGUUCCAAAGAUCAAAAUAUUCCGUUUUGAGGCCCCACUUUACUAUGCAAAUAAAGACUACUUCCUCAAGUCUCUGUACAGAUUGACUAACUUGGAUCCUAACCUCGAAGUUGCUAGAAGGAAGAAAUAUGAGAAGAAGGAAAAGCGGCAUCUGAAAAAGGGAGAUCACACAACUGCUAAUGGACUGGGCACUGGAGAAACCACUCUGCAACUAGUUCCUAAGCAAACUGACUUCCAAGCUCUUGUUGUAGAUUGCUCAUCCAUCUUGUUUUUGGACACCACUGGAGUUAAUACUCUAAAGGAAAUCCUGAAAGACUACAAGGUCUUAAACAUUUCUGUUCUCCUGGCUUGCUGCAAUCCCUCAGUGAUAGACUCUCUGAAAAGAGGAGGUUACUUUGGGAAAGAUUUUGGAAGUAUGCAGGAAAUGCUGUUCUACAGUAUACAUAAUGCUGUACAGUUUGCAAAAGACCAAAAGCUUCCAGAAGAUUGCUCAGUUUAAUCCUGUGUCUUCCCUAACGACUCACUACAAAAGGGACAGAAAGGGGCAGCUUGCAAUAAUUAAAUUAUCAGACACACUGUUCGCUAUGUACAGCAAUGGGCAUACAAGCCACUCUUCCCUGAAGAGGUCUGCUGUUUGUCAGAUGCCACACAGAACAGCCACUGGGGAUGCAGUGGAGGACCAGGAUGGAACAGGUUGGAUUGUAUUAUCUGCACCUUCACUUUAAAAUGCAGGUGGUGUGCAAUACGGCAGUUUGGGAUUGACUGCCCCCUUGUGCCAUGAAUGCGUGCGACUCAGCAUACACGCCAGGAGGCUCCCGUGCUGGAAGGUCUGCCCAGUGCCAGUUGACAGCAUUUCGAUGGCUGGUGUGUUUUAGGAGAGCUAAACCAUUUCCAUGAAAAUGCAAUUAAUCCAGCAUCUUGGACACCUAACAGUUUAAAUUCCGUCUUGCAAGGUCUUGCCCCUUCCAGUAUUCUAGGUGUGCUCCUGAACAACUCCCACUAUUUAAAUACAAAUAAAAUGCAUAAAAUGCUGUGGAAUGUAGCAUGUCUCGCCACCUUGAUUACAUAGGCUUACACAACCUGCCAAAGAAGAAACCAUGAUCCGUCACUGGUUCAUCUCAAAACCAUCAUUUCCAAAAAUUACUGCUGGAGUCACUUGUGCCAUUGGCUUCCAUUUGCAGUAAUUAGUUACUAAAAGUUGUGAAACCCUUAAUGAUGCUGGAAGAAGCAUGACUCUGCUGCACAAUUUUGUAACUUUUUUAACUAGUAAGGGGAUAAACAGAAAAAUUAAUGGUUUUAUCUGGCAGUCACACAGUUACCCACGUCGUUGUACCAUCCUGUAAAAAUAAGUUGCCUUUGGUGGGCACAUGCAACUCCAGGGAAAAAUGAGGACUAUCAAACAUAAAAUCUUAGAACUGUGAUUCAUCUUAGCAUGUUUUUUAACUACCACUGCCUGCCUGGGUGCAAACAGAAACAGGAGAAAAGAGGGUGGGAUGGGAAGGUAAAUCUGUUAUCUGACUAAAAGGGGAUUGAUGGGUCAGUCAGAACUGCCUGGCUGGUCUUCUCUAACAAAGUGCUAAUGAAGAUUUACAGUAGCAUACCUGGGCCAAGGAAAGAAAAAAUUCCACCACUGUUUGUACAUAAUACAGAUUUUUUUUUUUUUCCUUCUAUUAUAUUAUUCUCUGAUUUGAGGUCCACUAAACCAUGUUUUACAGGGCUGGGUUACUUUCUAUCAUAAUUUGCAUUAACUGUUGUUCAUUCUGCUUUGUGUCAAAUGAUACCCCCAGAGUCAGUUGUGCUGUUACAUAUACAUGUUCUCCCUCUACAAAUAUGCAUAUAUUUAGAUUUGGAUUGUAACACAGUUAGUACUCAGUGUUACAGCCUACAGCAUUGGCAGAAUAUAGUCUCUCCUACUCAAACUUGCAAUUACCUGCACAAAAGGUAUGAAAGCUGCCCUAUUUCUCCUUACUCAUGGCUGGGUUCAUACACAGCAGCAAGAACAGAAGGGAAUUCUACCACAGCUGUGCCUCUUACAAACAGCAGACUCUAGAAUAGGUUCCAUGUAUGCAAAAGCCAUUUCUCUACUGUGCCAUCUAAAAUAACAAGUCAGGUCAACAUAGCAUGUGAAUUGUUUAUUCCAACUUUUCAGGUCACUGAAUGAAACAACACUCAAACUGAGGCUCUCCAGGUGCCCUACAGCCUGUCUGGCUCUCAAGAACAAAUACUUUGUUAAAGUAAAAGACAAAAUAAAAAACCUCUUCACAGGU